AUGUCAAAGAUACAACCUAUGGACACUGGUAUCAUCGUAUUAUUCAAGCUCUAUUAUUGUUGUCUACAACUUCAGCACGCAAUUGAUUUAGAUGAAGCUAGUGAAAGAGAUAUUUAUAAAGUGUCUACUGAAACAAUUAAGCAUUGUUGGUCUUAUAUAAAAAUUGUAUCACUACGCGAUGAAGCUGGAAUGCCUAUUUCUACUCCUUCUCAAAUUGAUGCACUAUGUAUUUGUACUCCAAUAUUGAUCAAAAACUGGUUAAAUCCUAAAGAUGAACAAGAGGUAUAUCAGCAAUUCACUGAUAAAAACUUCAUUCAAGGUGUCAUAAAAAUAGAGCAAGAAGAAGAGGAAGAAAUCUUAGAACCAACCCUAACUACAAAAGAAAAAUUGAAUGUUUUGCGUGAUGCUAUAAAAAUUGUUACUGAAAUG